AUGCUAGAAAGUGUAAUCCACAUAUGUAACCGAGAACCAAUAAAUAAUAUGUUGAGGAAGAAUGGCCAAGAAGAACUUAGAAUAACUCAAAGUGAGUGGAUUCCUUUAGAAGAUUUAGUAAAGUUUUUGAGAAGCUUUCGCGAAGCCGUCGAAAUCUUGUCGUCUCAGAAAACAAGCACAAUGAAUGUUGCUCUGGUGUUCCGUUCUGAGAUUAUGGACGUAUUAAAGCUCAAUCAAGAUGAUGAAGAACUAAUAUUGUUACACUUAAAAAGCAACAUGAUGAAAAAAAUGAGUAAAAUAUUCCCAGUAACAAAGUCCAUUGUCGCAGCAGCACUGUUGGAUAACCGCUUUAUGAGUACGACAGAAAUUGAUUUUUUUCUAGAAAACCCGAAUAUGGCCAGAACGUCCUUCCUUUCCUCGUACAUCAGAGAAGUUAUAAAUAUUAAUAACGAGCCAGAAGCUUUAGGCAAAAAUGCAGGCAAUACAAGCACCAGCAAUGUAACCGACACAUCAUUCUUGCAUAAACUGUCGAGGAAACAUAGUGUUAGUACAUGCCAAGGGAUUCAAGGUAAUCCAAUAGAGCAAGAAUGUUGA